UAUAUCUAAUUGUUUGUUCUCUUUUUCAUCGAAUUGAUACAACAUGUAUUUUAUUUAUUAUUGAUUUGGCUGAAUAAAGAGACUAGUUUUACUUUACCACAUGUAGAAUGGUACCGUCUUAAGGAAAAGAAUGGAAUCAAUGGUAAGCAAAGAAACAAAAGAAAAUAUGGAAGAGCCAGAAGCAGAUAAAUUCUCAAGUAACAAAGGUAAAUCAGAACAAGAAGAAGAAGAGAAGGGAGGUAAUGGAGGGAUUUUGAACAAUUUGAUAUCCAACUUGAUGGGCAAAGACACAAAAGAAAAUAUGGAUGAAGGAGUUUCAGAAGCAGAUAAUCUCUCAAGUAACAAAGAUAAAACAGAACAAGAAGAAGAAGAGAAGGGAGGUACCGGUGGGAUUUUGAACAAUCUGAUAUCCAACUUGAUGGGUAAAGAAACAGAAGAAAAUGUGGAAGAGGGAGUUCCAGAAGCAGAUAAUCUCUUAAGUAACGAAGGUAAAACAGAACAAGAAGAAGAAGAAAAGGGAGGUAAUGAUGGGAUUUUGAACAAUCUGAUAUCCAACUUGAUGGGCGCAACAACGACAACAACAGUAGAUGAAAAAUCUGGUGAAAAUAUUCAGAAAUCUGAAUGUGAAGAUGAAGAUGAGAAGAAGAAAGAGAGUUCGGGUGCUGGAAUCUUAGAAAAUAUCAUUUCUCAUCUGCCAGAAGAUGCAGUUCCAACGACAGAGGAAGCAUCCAUUCUGAUCCACUCUGUGAUUGACUGAAGAAGACUUAAACAACAACUCAUUUUCAUCGUUGUUGUUGUUUUUGUGACUUGUAAUUUUGUUAUUUCUCUUCACACAACUCUUUGUUUUCCUUUUCUUUUGAGCAACACUCUUUGUUUUCCUAUUGAAAUCUUUUCUAGGCUAGCGUUGAAGACAUCAUGGUCUUGUCUAUUUAUUUUCCUAGCUCUAUAUUUUAAAACAAAUAAUACAAGUAUGUAGUUAGAUC